AUGAGUGAGGCGGCAGCAUCCCCUGACGUAGCAUCCGUGCUAGCUGCCUUGCAGUCUCUAUACCAUGAUCCCAAUUCGAAUGCCAAGCAGCAAGCCAACGAUGCGCUCUUGCAGUUCCAGAAAACAUCUCAGGCCUGGAGUACAGCGAACACGCUUUUGCUCGCGCAGGACCUUCCGCUGGAAUCGCGGCUGUUUGCCGCCCAGACAUUCCGCUCCAAAGUGACAUUCGACCUAGAGCAACUCCCAGACGAUGCACGUGUGCAGUUGCGCGAUACCUUGAUGCAUGCCCUGCAGCUCUAUGCCACAGGUCCACGUGUAGUCCAAACGCAGCUGUGCUUAGCCCUGGCGGCUCUCGCGUUGCAGAUGCCCGAAUCGCUUUGGGGUGGCGUGGUGCCAGGCAUGAUCAAGAGUUUCGGGCAGACGCCUAGUACGGUGGGUGUGCUUCUCGAGUUUCUUACGGUGCUGCCGGAGGAAGUCUCGACCAACCACCGCAUCCCGCUGGACAACGCAACAUACCAUGAGCGAGUGCCUCAGCUGCUCACACAGCAAGCCCCUACUGUAUUGCAGGUCCUUGUGAUGUAUAUUCAGGCGGAUGGCGUGACUACGUCGAUCCAAAGCACAGUGUUUGCCUGCUUGCGCAGCUGGUUGAAAGCGGGCGAAGUCGCUGCGCACCAGUUGGCCGACACGCCGCUGCUGGACUGUGCGUUCCAGGCGCUGGCAUCGGACGAGCUGUUCGAUGUUGCCGUGGAUGUGAUUUGUGACCUCAUCAAUGAGACACAAGAGAUGGAGGAAAACAAGAGCACGAUCGAACGCCUCUUGCCGCGCGUGCAGGCGCUGCGUCCUAUGCUCUCGGCGGCUGGCGAAGACGAGGAUAAGGUACGUGGCCUGUGCCGUAUCUUUGUGCAGGCAGGCGAGACAUACCACACGCUGUGUCUACAGCAUGCAGAGGCUAUGCAGCCUGUGGUGCAAGCAGCGCUAGACUGUGCGUCGUACCAUGAUCUGGACAUUGUCCAAAUUACGUUCCGCUUCUGGUAUCUCUUGGCAUCAGACGUGCAUCGCGGCUUGGACCAUGGUGAUCCCAGCGCCCAGCCCUACCGUGCCGUGUUUGAGCAGCUGUUCUCUAUCAUCCUGCGCCAUCUGCGUUUCCCCGACGACGAAGAGGCAUUGACGGGGCAAGAACGCGAUGAUUUCCGCAGCUUCCGCCACUACAUGGGCGAUACCCUGAAAGACUGCUGCUAUGUCUUAGGCGCCGAGGCCUGCAUUGAGCGCUCUCUCCAGCUGAUUGAGGCGGCGAUCGUGCAAGAGUCGCCGCAGUUGCGUUGGCAGGACAUUGAAGCGCCAUUGUUUUCGAUGCGCUCCAUGGGUGGCCAAGUGGAUCUGCGCGAGAGCGACGUGAUCCCACGUGUGUUUGCCAUUGUGCCGCGGCUCCCGCCCCACCCCCGCUUGCGGUACGCGGGCCUGCUUGUGGUCUCGCGCUACACGGAAUGGGUCGCUGAGCACCCGGACCAUGUAGCCGACGUCUUGCGCUUUAUCACUGCCGGAUUUGAAGGCGCUGAUAAGGACAUUGUGGCGGCAGCAGCCCAAGCCCUCAACUUCCUGUGCCAGGACUGUCAUGAGCAUAUGCUGCCCUUCUUCCCCCAGCUCCUUGAGUUCUUCAGCACAAUGCGCGAUCGCCUCUCUGUCGACGACUUGCUAGCGCUCUCGGAAGCCAUUGCGCAUGUGAUCACAGCGAUGCCUCCCGCGGAGGCAGCCCAGUCGCUCCUGAUGGUAUCGCAGCCGCUGCUGGAAGGCGUGCAUGAAGUGAGUGCCAUGCCUUCAGCGGCAAAGCCGGACUUGAUGCGUGUCGCGGAUCGUAUGGAGCAGCUCGCACGGAUCUUGCAGGUGAUCGGCGUAUCGCUCGCAAGCACGCUGCCUGCGUCCUGUGCGUCCACAUGCUCAGAAGCGUAUGCCAUUGUAGAUCGUCUGCUGGAAAAGCACGGUCAUGUCUACUUCAUUUCCGAGCGCACAUCCGCGCUUGUUCGACGUGCCCUGAUCUUCUUUGCAGAGCGUGCAGAGCCUACGUUGGGUGCUCUGUUAAACCGCUUCGCUUCGUGCUUUGAGGCGACAGGCUUCUCAGGCUACGUCUGGAUUAUCGGCAAAUCCAUUGAUCAAUUUGGGCGCCAUGCAUCAGGUACACUGCACUCGCAACUCGACCAGGCUUUGCAGCGCGUGACGGCCAAGGUCAUGGCAAUGAUGGGCAGUGGCGCGGCGCCGGAUACCAUGUCGGACGUGCUCGAUGACUAUAUCCACACGUGCCUGGUCACCUGUAGCUCGGCGCCCUCCCUGCUCUUCUCUCCCACGGUGCUGCCCCAAGCAUACCGAAUUGCUGUCCAGGCGAUGCUCGCCCUGUCGCCAGGGGUCGUGAGCAUUGCGGCGGAUGUGGUGCGCUGCAUUGUGGAGUAUGCACGUGAAACACAGUCGCCCCAACGUGCCUACGUUGAUACCAUUCGCGCCGUGGUUGCCGACCAAGGUGCAGAAACAUGCCGAGUGAUGCUGUGUGGCCUGGUAUCGCAUUUCCCACCGGAGAACAUGCCGGUAGUGGUGUCUACCAUGCAAACCCUGGCGAUGGAUUUCCCAGAAUCUAUGCCUGCAUGGAUUGGUGCUGCUGUACAGAGCUUGCCAUCCGAGGCCGUACCUGAGAUGGACUGUGCCAAGUUCCUGGAAAGUCUUCAGCGAGGUACACUCACAGAAUCCAUCAAACCUAGCGUGGUGAUGCUCUAUGGCGCGUCGCGAAAGUCGCGUGAACGAGCUCGACUAGAGUAG